GCGCGAAAACCUCAUCAGUAAGCGUCCUGUAUUAAACUGUAAACUGUUGUUUUAACUUAAAGCUCAGAAUGGAUGAGUAUGAUGACAUGUACGGGAUAGAGGAUGAUUUUCAACAACAGUUUGCAGACGAACUGGAGGUGAUGGCAGAACUGGAACAUGAGUCUCAUCGUAAUGUAAAGGUGUCAGAGUUCAGACAGAAGAAACAGACAUUUGAGGAAGCUCUCACCUCCGCUGACACAGCUUUAACAAAUACGGACACGGCUGAAGUUCCAGAGCAUGAGGAGGACGAGGCACUGACACCAAAAGCGAAGAAGCGGAAACAAGACGUGGCCAAAAAACUCCAUUUUGAAGUGACAGGUGAUGAGAUCACACCUCCAUCCUCACCUGAGGCGUAUCGGAGGACAGAGAGGACGAGGUCGGGGUUUUCUCUAUCUCUCUCGCCUGACAGAGCCAUAGCCACCGGCCCGGUUGGUGUGUUGGACAUCAGCGGACUUGCAGUGCUGCAGGAAUCUCCAAAAAGAGCCACAGCUCCACGCUACGCACUGAAACGUCCACCAGCCAGCGGAGACUUCAUCACCGUCACCGACUGUAUGGGCAACCGAGUGUAUCUGUGUAAGACCCAGGAGGGGGACGAGCAGAUGCCGGAUCCCAGGUUUUUCAGAAAUUCCCAGAAUGCACUGGGGCUGCUUGCUGUUCCUAUUGAGGUUCUCAAAGAGCAAGUGUCAGAAAAACGUCAUCGUCAGCUGGUGGAAGAAUCCCAGAGAUUAACAGAGCUCCUCAACACUGGUAUAGAUCCUGAACUUCUUGUGGAUGAAGUGACGAAAGACAUUGAGGAUGAAAACAUGUGCAAACCUGAUGAAAGCUCCACCUCUCGCUUGUGGGUGGAUCGCUUCGCUCCUCAGCAUUACAUGGAGCUCCUGAGUGAUGAUUUCACUAAUCGGUGUCUGUUGAAAUGGCUGAAGCUUUGGGACUCUGUGGUUUUUGGAAGAGAGAGAAAGUCUCGCCCUCCCACAGCCGAGUCCAGAGUGAACAGCACCAGCUCUCAGAACCAGAACCAGCGCUUUAAAACAAAAAGUCAGAUCACUGAGGAGAUCCUGGAGGCCGAGCUGGACCAGUACAAACGGCCCAAACUUAAGGUUGCACUCUUGUCUGGUCCUCCUGGAUUAGGAAAGACAACGUUAGCACACAUCAUUGCUAAACAUGCAGGAUAUAACGUAGUUGAGAUCAAUGCCAGUGAUGAUCGCAGUGCAGAGCUGUUUCAGAAGCGUAUCGACACGGCCACACAGAUGAAGUCAGUCCUGGGAGCCAACGAGAGACCAAACUGUCUCAUCAUCGACGAAAUAGAUGGAGCUCCAUCAGCUGCCAUCAACGUGCUGUUAGCGACCCUGAACAGGAAGGACAGUCGAGACGGAGAAGAAUCCACUACAAACCCUCUGAAGAAGAAGAAGAAGAAAGAGUCUGUUUUACUUCGGCCAAUCAUCUGUAUCUGUAAUGACCUUUACACUCCAGCUCUGAGGCCGUUGAGGCAGCAGGCGUUUCUGCUAACGUUUCCUCCGACACAGCAGUCUCGCCUCACACAGAGACUCACAGAGAUCACACGUCGACAGGGUAUGAAGGCAGACACGGGCUCUCUGAUGGCUUUGUGUGAGAAGACGGACAACGACAUCCGUUCGUGCAUCAACACACUACAGUUUUUACAUGGCCGAGGUCAGAGGCAGUUGGAUCAGCGUGUGGUGAAUUCUAUGAGCAUUGGAUUAAAGGACCAGAACAAGGGACUGUUUUCAGUGUGGCAAGAAAUAUUUCAGCUUCCUCGAACAAAAAGGAAACGGUUUGGUGCUGAUCCACUGGGAGGCUUUGAGGAGGCGGGGCUUAAAGACAGCAGCCAGAGACUUCAGCAUAUCCUUCACCUGGCCUCGUCCACUGGAGAGCAUGAGAAACUCACACAGGGUUUGUAUGAUAAUUUCCUCAGUAUGAAGCUGAAGGAUCCGAGCCUGUCAGGUGUGUGUUCAGGCCUGGACUGGCUCUGUUUCUCUGACCUGGUGAACGAGUGUGUGUUACACGGGCAGAAUUACUCUCUCAUGCGUUACCUGCCCUUCCUCCCUGCUGCCUUCCAUCAUCUGUUCGCCGCUAACUCCGUCCCACGCAUCAGUUACCCCAACAGCCACUAUGAGGGUCUCAUGAAAACCCAGCACACAAAGAAUGCACUGGUUGCCAUGUUAGCGGAGAUCCCUCCUUCUAUACGGAGCCGUGUCUGUCAGAAUAAUCUGUGUUUAGACCUUCUGAGUCUUUUAUUGGAGCUCAUCUGCCCCAAACUACGACCUGUUAAUCCUCAGUUGUAUAGUACCAGGGAGAAACAGCAGCUCUGUGAGCUCAUUGAUACUAUGAUUAACUACAACCUGACUUACAGACAGGAACGUACACCUGAGGGACAGUACACCUACGUCCUUGAACCUAACGUAGAGGACGUGGUGCGGUUUCCUGGUCUGCCCCCUCGGAGACAGUUGACCUAUCAGGUGAAGCAGCUGAUCGCCAGGGAGACGGAGCUGGAGAGGAUGAGGAGGGUAGAGCGAGCACAAGAGAAACACAAGUCUCAGAAGAUGGACACGGUUGAAGAAGUAAAGGAGGUGAAGAAACCUCAGGGCAAGACGCAGACGAGCAGGAACCACCAUCAGAGGCUGGAGAACAUCGUGAGACAGACGGUGGUGGAGAGUAAGCCUGAAACAGAUUUUUUCGGACGAGCUGUCGUACCUAAAGAGAAGGUGUCUGCUACCACAGCUACAGAUGGAGACGGGAAGCCGAGCAUCAGCUGUCAGAUCGGUAAAGCUGUAGGUAACAGUGACGUCUGGUUCCGCUUUAAUGAAGGAGUUUCUAAUGCAGUGCGCAGAAACGUCUACAUCAGAGAGCUGCUCUGAGCACAAACUCUGCAUAACGUGCUUAUUAAUAAAGAAAGAAAUAAAAUUUUGAACAUUUA